GAUAUUAUAAAACGCUAAGUUAAAUAUCCCCUUUACAUCGAUCGAAGUUCAUAUCAAUAACAUUCGUUUAAACGUGAAAGUGUUAUCGCAGGUUGGAGCCCGGCAACUAUUAUAAGCCAACAAAGGGUGCCUUAAACUCAAAGGUGAAAGCCUCAACAUUUCAAAGAGGAUAAUGUCGAUAUAGCUUGUGUUGGAUAUUUCACAUAUAGAUGGAAAGGAUGAGGGGUGAUAGACCAAAAAGAUCUAAAUCUCCUAUUUCACGGAAAAAUCAACGUAAAAAUAUACCAUCAAGAAGACCUGAUCCUGGCACAGAAGAUUUUAUACGAUUCGUUCGCGAUUUUCAAGUAAAUCGUCAACCAACUUUCACUGGAAUUCAGCGAAGGGCUCCGCUUCCCGAAAUAGGACAACCUUUGAACGCCGGGCUCAAUGAUUCCGGAUUUUUAGAUAGACUAAAUGAUGAAUAUGACGAAACUGCUUUAGAAGAUGAAAUUAUUUAUUCAAAUAAAGUUUCUGUUCCAAGAAACGAUCGAAUAGUUAAGGAAGUGUUAACGAUAACACGACAACAAACUAGAGACAAUUUAUAUUCAACUUGUAAAUCUAAGAUAAACAAUGAUAGUUUUAUACUUUCGAGACAAAAGAGUAAUUUACAUAGAACGUGGUCACUGCCUCAAUCGAAACAACACAAAUGUGCCAAGUCUUUGAAAAACAGACAGUCUCUAAAACAGUUACCUCCCCUUUUCAACGACGAAUUGCCAGCUAGACCAACAGCGCCAUCACCGUCGAUGACGCCACCGCUGGAUGAUUCCGAUGGAAGUGUUGAAGAUCAAGUGGAGUUCCUUGAUCUUUCUUGAAAUCUCGUGAAAUCUCGUAGUUCUUAAGUGCCAGGUCUAGUCAGUUAGAAAAUAUGGAUACUUUAGUGUAGAAGUCACAUAGUGUUCGAUAUGUAGAAUCAUGAGCAUGAUAUUUUCUUUUAAAAUGUAUCAAUAUGUAACUAUUUGACGAGUCACCUUUUUGUAUAUGUACGCAACAGUAAAGAAAGCAAAGUUACAUGGAGUGCCAUUGUACAUUUAUUGUAAAAAUGUUGUCAGUGUAAAAGAUAAUUUUUAAAAUUAUAUAAUUUUAAAGGUGACAUAAUUAUACUGACGGAUGUCAGCUGCUGAAAUUUAAGAAAUAUAAAAUAAGAUAACAUAAUCGAAAGGAAGUGAAUUUUAACAGUGAAAGGAAAAUAUUAAUAGAGUUUAUGGCAAGACAUGAUUUUUUUUCGUACCGGAAAUGUAUGGAAAAAAUACCAAACUGUAUGAAAAUGAGCUUGAAAUAACAAUAUGUUGAACAUUUUUUGUAAAAGUUACUUAUAAUUAUUUUUAUGCAUUGCUUAGGAAAAUGUUAGAGGGUGUACGAAAUGACACAUACGAACAGCAGAACGAAAAUUCGUUAGAAACGUAAAUUAUGUAUAUAACAGAUACAUGCAAUUUCUGUCAGAUUUAUUUAACGUAUAUUAAGAGUAUGAUACUCAUCUGUAUGCAAAUGAAACUUGGAAUAUGUGUAUGUAUAUAUAGACAUCAAAGUACGCUACAAAUAAUGCCUUGUCUUAUUCGUUGUUCUCAGGGAGUGAUAUUUUGUUGUUAAUUUUCAUAAUGAUCUUGUACCAAAGUAAAUAUUAAGAUUUGUAAUGAAA